GGCAGCUCUUAGGUAAACAUGGCCCAGAUAAGACCGCUGAAUGAGGAACUACAAAAGGCCGCCAAGGAAUUUUUGGGUGAAGUGCCGUCUCGCAUCUCUGAGGACUUGGCUAACCUAAAGGAAUGGAUUGCCCAGCAACCUCAUUUGAGAGCCAAUACAGAUGAUCAAUUUCUAGUGGCUUUUUUACGUGGUUGCAAAUAUAGUUUGGAAAAGGCCAAAUCAAAGAUUGAUAAGUUUUUUACACUGAAAGGCAAGUUCCCUGAGUUGUUUGGCAUAACGGAUGUUAACGAUGAAAGAUUUAGAGAAAUUUUGAAACUAGGCAUGUGGUUGUAUUUACCUACCCCCCUUCAUGAAAAUGGACCACGCAUCUGCUUUAUGCGCACCAGUCUGUAUCCUGCCGACAAAUACACCAUGGAGGAGGUGAUGUCAGUUUCAAAUGUAUUGCAAGAAAUUUGCCUGCUCGACGAUGACUAUGCCAAUGUCAAUGGCAUUGUGUUUAUAGGAGACUUCUCAAAGGCCUCCAUGGCCCAUAUGUUCCAGUGGACACCUUCGUUGAUGAAAAAGGCCACAGUUUUUUCAGAGCAAGCCAUACCCAUGCGUUUAAAAGCCAGUCAUUUUAUAAAGACUCCUAGUGGAUUUGAGCCAAUUUUUAAUAUGAUUAAGCCAAUGCUAUCAGCCAAGAAUCAAAGUAGAUUAUUCGUUCAUGGCAACAAAUUGGAUUCAUUGGCCAAAGAGAUACCCCUGAAAUAUUUGCCCAAAGAAUAUGGUGGCGAAAAUGGUUCCUUCGAUGAAGUUAUUCAGGAGUGGGAAAAGAAAAUGGAUCAAUACAGCGAGUACUUUAAGAAAAAUGCUGCCUUUGGCACCGAUGAGAAAUUGCGUCCCGGCAAGGCUAUUGAUUUUGACAGCAUGUUUGGAAUAGAGGGCUCAUUCCGUAAAUUGGCUGUGGAUUAAAUGUAAAUGUAAGGA